AUGGCAAAAACUGAUGAAAAAGAAAAACUGAAGGAACUAGAAUCUCAGGUAUGGUUUUCUCAAAAAGAACUUAGACAUUUAUCUAAAGAAAACUUAAUAUUUGUUGUUUUAGAAAUUCUAGAAGAAUUGAAAGAAUUGCAUAGAGCUAAACAGCAAAGUGAUGAAGCUUUGGUAACUUUUAAAGAAAAUAGUGAGUGGGUUGAUAAUAUGAAAUUUGAUAUUCAAUAUAGAUUCUUUAGUCUGUUUGAUGAUAAUGAUUAUUUGAAAGAAACUAUAGACAGGUUGAAACAUGAUAACAUAAUGUUAAAUGUGGAACUAUCCUUGAUGAAACUCUGUCUUGAUACUUCUGAUUCUAAAGUUCCUCCACUUGCUCAAUAUCCGAAUUUUGAAAAACUAAAAUCUAAUUUAGAAGAUAUAAAAGCGGAUAAGGUAAGACUUGAGGGGGAACUUGAGAAAUCCAGGAAAGGUAAACAACCUGUAGGAUACAGAGUUCCAGAUUGGAUCACCAAAGCUCAAACUAAAAGAACAGAAGGUUUGGGUUUCAAAAAGAAGUUCCAAAAGGAAAAGAAUUAUGUUGACCUGCCUAGUAGUAUUGUUUGUUAUUUCAGUGGCAAUACUGGACACAAACAGGUUCCAGUGAGGGAAAACAACACUUGGUACCUCGAAAGUGGAGAUAUAGUUGCUAUUGGCAAAGUAGGAAGGUCAAGUUCCCAUGCAAUUGAGAAUGUAUUUUUGAUCGAGGGCCUCAAGCACAACUUGUUAAGUAUUUCACAAUUUUGUGACAAAGGUAACUCUGUAAGAUUUACUUCUAAUAAGUGCAGAAUCAUUCACAAUGACACUGGGAACAUUAUUUUAGAAGAAACUCGUAAUGGGAACACAUAUGUUGUGGAUCUUAACGAGGUUCCUAAUAGCAGUUUAACAUGUCUUAGUAUCAUUGAGAAUGAUCCUCUAUUAUGGCACAAGAGAUUUGUCCUUGCAAGCUUUACUUUACAUGAUAAAUUGAGAUCUAAGGAACUAGUGGAAGGACUUCCUUGCAUUAAGUUUCUGUAUGACAAAGUGUAUGAUGCUUCUGUUAGAGGAAAACAGACUCGAAUUUAUUUUAAGUCUAAGAAAAUGAAAGAACAGAGAAGAACAGGUAAUCCACUGAUUCAUCUCAGAUCAGACCAUGGAACUGAAUUUGAAAAUUCAAAAUUUGAUGAAUUUUUCACUGAGCAUGGAAUGGAUCUCAACUUCUCUGCCCCAAGGACCCCACAACAAAGUGGAGUGGUGGAACGCAAGAAUAGAAGCCUUGAAGACAUGGAUAGAACAAUGCUGAUCUCAAGUGGUUUGCCUUGGAACUUCUGGGCAGAAGCAGUGAAUACAACAUGCUAUAUUCUUAAUAGAGUAUCAGUUAGAGCCAUCACCAACAAAACUCCUUAUGAGCUAAUCAAAGGGAGAAAGUCUAAUAUUUCUUACUUUAGAUCUUUUGGUUGUAAAUGCUUUGUUCAUAAUAAUGUUAAAAGAAACUUAGGAAAGUUUGAUGAACAUAGUGAUGAGGCAGAUUGUGAUGAUGAUUUUGAAAUUGGACUUGUACGCAAGACAGAUCUAGAAGAAGAAUCAACAUCAUUGCAGAAGCAGCAAGUUAAAAUUGUUGAGCAAACGAAUCCUGAAGCAAAUGAAGAUAAAGAAAUGGAGAAUGCACCAGGAACUCCUCCUCAAGAACAGAAUCAAAAUCAGAAUGAGGAAGAUCCUGUUGAAGUUCAAACUGAGGCUCAAGAACGAGUUCCUACAGAAGAACCAGUCAACAAUGAUCAGGAAAGAUUGUAUCCAGUAAAGGAUUUUACACCUAAGCAAUGGAAAUAUCAUAAGUCACAUCCUGUAGAUGCAAUCAUGAGUGAUAUUAUAAAAGGAACUCAGACCAGAUCUCAGCUUAGAAACUUCUGUGCAUUCGAUGCAUUCCUCUCUUCUAUGGAACCUAAGAACUAUGUUGAAGCUUUAACUGACGCAGACUGGAUUAAUGCUAUAAACAAAGCAAGACCUGUCGUACAAGGUCUCAAUCAACAAGAAGGAAUAGACUUUGAAGAAACAUUUGCUCCAGUAGCCAGGUUAGAGGCUAUUCAGGUCUAUGUGGAACAACCUCCUGGAUUUGAAAGUCAGGAGUUCCCAAACCAUGUCUAUAAGCUUGACAAAGCUCUUUAUGGGUUGAAGCAAGCCCUAGAGCAUGCAACUAGAUUGGAUGAAGAUCCAACUGGAACUUGUAUUGAUCAACCUAUGUAUCAAGGAAUGAUAGGAUCUCUACUUUACUUAACAGCUAGUAGACCUGACAUAUCUUUCAGUGUAGGUGAUUUGGUUAAUGGAAAAUGCACUUCAGAUAUUUUGACCAAACCCUUGAACAGAGAAAGAUUUGAGAAAUUGAGUCUGGAACUUGGGAUGAUCAAGCUGAAUUGA